AUGCUUACACCCCGCCCCCGCCCCCCCCCCAUCAAUCGCACCCUCCGUUUCUCUCAGCAUGACAAGCUCAAGUACGUCCCAGCCUGGGGAGGCUUUUGCUCUUACGGCAUCGCGAACGAGUCAGUUUGGACGUCCACUACCCUAGGGCCUUUUGGGAAUCCCUCGAAAUGGGGAAUAUAUGGCGGCCGCCUACACAUCUUCCGAAGUUCCACGCCGAAGGAAGAGUUCGAGGAGGAUAUUCCGGGCAACCUCGAUCGGGGCAACGCCGUGUGGGAAGGGUGGUUCGGGGGUAUGGAAGAGAGCCUUAUGGUGCCUCCGAUCAACACGGCCUGUUUCUGCAAUGACCAUAUUUGCGACGACCAGUAGAACUACAGUAGCUGCGAAGGAGUUUGAUUGAUACACUGCUUCGAUUUCGAAGGCCGAAGCCGAAACGAAGUGACCUGUACGUUUGUGCAGCAGGCGGAGGAGUGCGACACGCUGGCUCUUGCUACAAGUGGUGGUGGUGGUGGCGAUGCCCGAUGGCGGGAAGCGGUAGAUGAUGCUGUAAUGCUGUAUGUGGUGCGAAGCGAGUCCCUCCUGCCGUCUGCGGCUGCUAUUUUUUCUGAGGUUUCCUCCUGCUGCAUCUCUCUUGCACAGAUUUUUUUUUUUACCCCGAUAACCUACGGAGCUAUGCAUACAAGCCAACAUUGAUAGAACAGCGACGGAGGAAAGGAAGGGAGACACUGGCUUCUUCGACGGCCGUGAUAUGCAUGGCCCGGCCGUUUCUCAGGAUUUGUAGAAUAACUUGUCCGGGAUUUGGACGAGAUGGAGCCCGAUUUGUUUUCCCGCUCUUGUAGCUGGCCUUUCGGAGUGUUAGAAUCGAGUUUCAUGCCGGAUCCUCAAAUUUCGCGGACUGCUUUUGCUCGCCGUCCAGUUGCUGCUGAGGUGAUGUGGGUUUCUAGUCGAUAGGAAGGCGGCGAAAAGUAGGUCGCGCCGGCACGCGGUGGGUGUGCCUGGGGUUGAUGUACCCCGCGAUUUCUCCGGUCAUUUGUCCUCGCGUUACAUCUUGUUGUAUUUUGAUUUGAGUGCUGAACCCUUGUCUUGUAAUUAGUGUUGUCCUCUUUGUAUUUUCACACGUUCA